UAGAGUGGGGUUGCCUCACUGAGAGUGGUUCAUUGUAGUCUCUCUAGCGGAAAGACAGUGCGAACGUGCACCGAGUUACCUUUUUGCCUCUGAGGUGUUUCACACUCACAAUCCAGCUAAAAAAAAUAUCAGAAUGAAGCGGAUGUGGGCUUUAGGUCUGCUAGUCGCGCUGUUGGCCUUCGCUGCAGUGAAAGCUGAGGAUGAACUUGACGUGGACGGCACAGUGGAAGAGGACCUGGGCAAAAGCCGGGAUGGCUCAAAGACAGACGAUGAGGUGGUUCAAAGAGAGGAGGAAGCUAUCCAGCUGGAUGGACUGAACGCAGCCCAGAUUAAGGAACUCAGGGAGAAGUCAGAGAAACAUGCCUUUCAAGCUGAAGUCAAUCGCAUGAUGAAGCUGAUCAUUAACUCUCUGUAUAAGAAUAAGGAGAUCUUCCUCAGGGAGCUGAUCUCCAACGCAUCUGAUGCCCUGGAUAAGAUCCGCCUGUUGUCGCUCACCAAUGAAGAUGCAAUGGCCUCCAAUGAGGAGCUGACCAUCAAAAUCAAAUCCGACAAGGAGAAGAACAUGCUCCACAUCACAGACACGGGCAUUGGCAUGACCAAAGACGAGCUGGUGAGGAACUUGGGCACCAUCGCCAAGUCAGGCACCAGCGAGUUCCUGAACAAAAUGACAGAGAUGCAGUCGGAGGAUCAGUCCACCUCGGAGCUGAUCGGGCAGUUUGGCGUGGGCUUCUACUCUGCCUUCUUGGUGGCAGACAAGGUCAUCGUGACAUCCAAACACAACAACGGUACCCAGCACAUCUGGGAGUCAGACUCCAACCAGUUCUCCGUCAUCGAGGACCCCCGCGGGGAUACACUGGGCAGGGGGACCACCAUUACACUGGUGAUGAAAGAGGAGGCUUCAGACUACUUGGAGCUGGAGACCAUCAAGAACCUCGUGAAGAAGUACUCGCAGUUCAUCAACUUCCCCAUCUAUGUUUGGGCCAGCAAGACUGAGACUGUAGAGGAGCCUAUUGAGGAGGAUGCUGAGGCAACAGAGGAACCAGAGAAAGAGGCGUCAGAAGAUGAGGCUGAAGUGGAAGAGGAGGAAGAAGAGGACAAAGACAAGCCCAAGACCAAAAAGGUUGAGAAGACUGUGUGGGACUGGGAGCUGAUGAACGAUAUCAAGCCCAUCUGGCAGAGACCAGCUAAGGAGGUUGAGGAGGAUGAGUACAAGGCUUUCUAUAAGACCUUCUCCAAGGAUAAUGACGACCCUCUGGCUCACAUCCAUUUCACUGCCGAGGGCGAGGUCACCUUCAAGUCCAUCCUGUUCGUGCCCACGUCUGCUCCCCGUGGACUCUUCGACGAGUACGGCUCCAAGAAGAACGACUACAUCAAGCUCUUUGUCAGAAGAGUUUUCAUCACAGAUGACUUUAACGACAUGAUGCCCAAGUAUCUCAACUUUGUCAAGGGAGUGGUUGAUUCUGAUGAUCUUCCCCUGAAUGUGUCCAGAGAGACUCUACAGCAGCACAAACUGCUCAAGGUUAUCCGUAAGAAGCUGGUGCGCAAGACAUUGGACAUGAUCAAGAAGAUCGCAGAGGAGCAGUACAACGACAAGUUCUGGAAGGAGUUUGGCACCAAUAUCAAGCUGGGUGUCAUUGAGGACCAUUCCAACAGGACCCGCCUGGCUAAGCUGCUCCGCUUCCAGACCUCCAACAGCGACACGGUGCUGGCCAGUCUGGAGCAGUACGUAGAGCGCAUGAAGGAGAAGCAGGACAAGAUCUACUUCAUGGCCGGCACAAACAGGAAGGAGGCUGAGGCGUCUCCCUUUGUUGAGAGGCUGCUGAAGAAAGGCUAUGAGGUGAUCUAUCUGACAGAGCCAGUGGAUGAGUACUGCAUCCAGGCUCUACCGGAGUUUGACGGCAAGCGCUUCCAGAACGUGGCCAAAGAGGGCGUCAAGUUCGAUGAGAGUGACAAAGCCAAAGAGAAGCGUGAGGCUCAGGAGAAGGAAUAUGAGCCUCUCACCACAUGGCUCAAGGACAAGGCGCUCAAGGACAAGAUUGAGAAGGCCGUGCUCUCUCAGAGGCUCACAAACUCUCCAUGCGCCCUGGUAGCCAGUCAAUACGGUUGGUCAGGGAACAUGGAGCGGAUCAUGAAGGCACAGGCUUACCAGACAGGAAAAGAUAUAUCCACAAACUACUAUGCCAGCCAGAAGAAAACAUUAGAAAUCAACCCGAAACACCCGCUCAUCAAGCAGAUGCUCAAACAAAUCAAUGAUGACCCUGAGGACCAGACGGCGUCCGACCUCGCCACUGUCCUCUUUGAGACGGCCACCCUACGUUCGGGCUACCAGCUGGCCGACACCAAAGCAUACGGAGACAGGAUAGAACGCAUGCUGCGACUCAGCAUGAACAUCCCUCUGGAUGAGAAGGUUGAAGAAGAACCAGAGGAGGAACCUGAAGAGCCAGCAGACGACGAUGAUGCUGAGGAGACAGAUGAAGCUGAGGGAGAUGAAGUUGAUGAGGCUGAAGAGGAAGAAACGGUAAGAACCUUUUUUCUUGCAUGCUACGACUUGAUCACAGGAAUGAGUAUAGAAAUCCCCGAGGGACUGACGGAGCUGUUGCAGAGCUUUACCGUGGAAGUGCUGAGGAACCAGCCCGGAGACCUGCUCGAGUUUGCCCUGCAGUACUUCACCCGACUCAAGGACAGGGAGAGCACCGGGGCCUCGUUCGGUAAUGAGCCACACUCCAACGCCAGAGCCGGGAAAGCGGUCAAUUUCCUCGACGAGGCCAUGCAGAUCGACUCGGAGAACGGCGAGGAGGACGACGAUGACGACGACGAGGAUUUUGAAGCACCAGUAAUAAAUAGAUUCAUCAGGAGAGCAUCCGUGUGUGCUGAAGCCUUCAACCCUGAUGAAGAUGAGGAGGAUAAAGAGCCAAGGGUCACCUACCCCAAAACAGAUGAGCAGAGGCAGAGACUACAGGAAGCAUGCAGGGACAUUCUUCUAUUCAAGAAUUUGGAUCCUGAAGAGAUGUCUCAAGUGUUGGAUGCCAUGUUUGAGAAGUUCUGCACAGAAGGAGAACACAUCAUUGACCAAGAUGAUGAUGGGGACAACUUCUAUGUUAUUGAAAGGGGGACCUUCAGCAUUUUCGUGAACGUGGACGGCGCAGAGAAGCUGGUGGGCUGCUACGACAACCGAGGCAGCUUUGGGGAAUUGGCGCUGAUGUACAACACUCCCAGGGCUGCUACCAUCAUCGCCACCUUGCCUGGAGCCCUAUGGUGCCUCGAUCGUCUGACGUUCAGGAGGAUCAUCGUGAAAAACAACGCCAAGAAGAGGAAGCUGUACGAGGCGUUCAUUGAAACACUACCCUUGCUUACAUCGCUGGAGCUCUCAGAGAGGAUGAAGGUAGUGGAUGUCAUAUCCACCAAAGUCUACUAUGACUCGCAGCAGAUUAUUGCACAGGGAGAAUUGGCAGAUUGUUUCUACAUUGUUGAGUCUGGCCAAGUUAGGAUCACCAUAAAGAGGAGCAGGACGAAAAAUGACCAGGAUGAAGAGGAAGUGGAAAUCGCUACAUGUUCCAGAGGCCAGUAUUUCGGGGAACUGGCGCUUGUCACGAAUAAGCCCAGAGCUGCUUCCGCUUACGCUGUGGGGAGUGUCAAAUGCUUGGUGAUGGAUGUUCAAGCCUUUGAGCGGCUGCUGGGCCCAUGCAUGGACAUCAUGAAAAGGAACAUUGCAAACUAUGAGGAGCAACUGCUGACCCUGUUUGGAAGUAGCACUGAGAUUGAGCAGCAAUGUGCAUGAAGAUGGACCACCGGUUGAUGGAUAAAACCUGAAGGCUUGUUGUCUCCCCCCUCCUACCCCAUAGCCAUUUAAAACAGCUUUUCUUACAAAAUGAUCAUGAUGAGACUUAACAGUUUGCCGCAGAGUGUUUGAAGUGAAGUAACAUACGCCAAAGUUGCUUGAAGCUUAUUUUCCAUUAGCAUCCUCUCACUUGCGUGUGCCCACGUGUAGCCAUUUGUUUGUGUAUUGAACACACGCCCCAGCGCUGAGGUAAAAUACUGGACGUGAGGGACUUUUUCUCGAUUUCUGUGUUUGAAGAACAUCCAUCAUACUGUUGUUGUCACACAGAAUGUAGACAUGCAGGUACCGCAACAUUUUUACACCGUACAUUUCUGUGUUAAACGUGCGUGUGGCUGUUUGCCUACUACUAUGGUUUUUGCAAAAACUUCAGCCAGAUAGCGGAUAGUUUUUAAGACCAUACAAACAGUGUUGUACAAUUUGAAAGUCAGUAUUUAGGAUCAGCUUCGAGUCAUUAAGUUGCCCCACUAUGGUCAUUAUAAGCGACGUACGAGGUGUGUCAGAAAAGUUCCAGGACCUGUGUCACAAAACAUCCACACAACAAACUACAAGUUUUCCCAUUCGAAGUAAUCCUUCUGGAGUCUAACACAGUUUGCCAGCCUUUUUUAUGCCACUUUUCAUACACUACUGGAAGGAUUCUUCCGGGAUCCGCAACAUGGCUAUUUUGAUGUCUUCAAAACGGGUCCCCUUGAGCUUAGAAAAGAGGAAAGAAAAUCACAGGGAGGCAGGUUGGGUGUAGGGACAUUGCUGCAGCUCGUUGAUGUUCUUCUCGACCAGGAACGGUCGUAUGCAAAGGGCAUUGUGAGAAGGUGUGUUGUCAUUCUCUGCGGAAAAUGUCUCUUCUCGCGCAUUCAACCAAGCAAACGCUGCAGGAUAUCUUUGUAGACAUGCUGGUUGAUUGUUUGGCCCCUCUGGCGAGCACUCACAGUGGACGAUGCCCCUCACAUUGACAAAUGCCAUCAACAUCAACAGUCUUGGAACUUUUCUAACACAUGGUGAUAUUUCAUGAAUUUAUGUGUAAAAUAAAAGCAUUUUGUGUCACUGAAGCGUAUUUAAUGAUUAUGGCAUCUACCUCUACCAACUGUUUUUUGGGAAUAAUGUUGAUUUUCAAGAGGAAACUACAGUGAAAUCCAAUGAAUGAAUAAUAGGUCCGUGUGGUUUAAUGCAACAAAAGAAAUCUUCAAUCCAAUUUGAGAAAAUCAUCAUUUUACACUCCCUUGUGCAGGUAGCUCUGGUAGUUUUUUUUUUUUUUUUUUAAGGCAAACUCAUUAUACUAGUCCAUAGUAAGUUGCUGUCUGUUUUCAUGUCAAUAAAAAAACACUUUU